AUGCCGUCGUCCGUGUCCGAGGAUCAGGAUCUGGCCCUGUCCUCGACUCGCCCACCGGUCGAUCCACCGCCCAACUCGAGCCUGACAUACGAGAAGGUCAAUGGAAACUCCCACCCCAAAUCCCCCACACAUACAUCUGCGAAUGGCAGUGUAGGCGAAGGCGUAGACGGAUAUUUUGAUGGUGGGAGCAGCAGCAACAGGCCGUAUAUGAAUGGCGAUACCCUCCGUGAAGGCAGUUUGAACGUCAUUCCAAAUGGACGAGCUAGCGCAAGCAGCUGGGACCAUAGGUCAUCGCGCAAUGGUAGCACGCUGUCGGUGAAUGGAGGCCUCAAUGGCAUGGCAGAUAACGGGCGGAGGAGCCCAGUUUCGCAGAAUGGCCUGCGGCGGACGUCGAAUGGAGAUCGGAGCUCAGUCGCGUCGAUAAACGGCAAUGGAAAUGGGAACGUUUACAACACUCCAAGGGAAGCGGCACCCAGAAGCUCUACAAACCACGACCGCGAUUCGCACAAGCAAGUCUCGAUACCGGGCCCCAUCUCAACGAAUCCUCAGAGUACCGGCCCUUUGACAUAUACUUCUGCCCUAUUGCCAACCACACCACUACCUGUUGAAACCCCUCCGCGUGCAGAAACAAACUCUCCGCAGCGUUUUCCAUCCCCCCCGUCCUAUCCUGCUCCGCCAAUCCCAACAUCGUCCCCAGGUCCCGCCCAACAUGCCGGUUUAAAUCAAUUGAAGCAUCGACACACGCUACAAGUCCCCAAGGCUGUUCCUGGUCGGAACUCAAAGGACGGAGACGACACUGCACAUACCAGCGGAAGAUUCUCACCGACGACAGUGACAUCGAGCGUAAGACGUGGCUCCUUGAGCCUCAACCGGAGAAAUACCCACUCGAUCCACUCAAACAUGCCUCAUGACGAGAUAGCUCCAGAUGAGGAUGCAAUACGGUGGGCGGAGGCAGUAAGGCAAAAGAGAGCGAGUAAAAGGAAACGGAAGGAUGAAGAAGACGAUGAUAGAGUGGUAAUUGGGACCAAAGUGGACCAAAAUCAUCAAAAUUGGGUGAUGGCAUACAACAUGUUGACAGGCAUUCGAUUUACUGUUUCACGGACAAAUGCCAAGUUCGACCGGGAAUUGACAGAAGCAGAUUUCCAGGCGAAGCAUAAGUUCUCAUUUGAUGUGACCGGUAAUGAAUUAACACCAUCCGCUAAGUACGACUUCAAGUUUAAGGAUUACGCCCCAUGGGUAUUUCGCCAUUUACGAGCAAAGUUCAAACUUGACCCGGCGGAUUAUCUCAUGUCUUUGACCAGCAAAUACAUUCUCUCGGAACUCGGAACCCCUGGGAAAAGCGGCAGCUUCUUCUACUUCUCCCGGGAUUACAAAUACAUUAUCAAAACGAUCCACCACGCCGAGCACAAAUUCCUAAGGAAGAUCUUGAAGGAAUACUAUCAACAUGUCGAGCAAAACCCAAACACGCUAUUAUCCCAAUUCUAUGGGCUCCAUCGUGUCAAGGUACCGUACGGACCAAAGAUACAUUUUGUGGUUAUGAAUAAUUUGUUCCCUCCACAUCGAGACAUACAUCAGACUUUCGAUUUGAAAGGUUCAACAGUAGGGCGAAACUUCAAAGAGGAAGAGCUUGAAAAGAAUCCCCGUGCGACUCUCAAAGAUCUCAAUUGGCUCCGUCGAGACAUGCAUCUGGAAUUUGGCCCAGAAAAGAGACGAAUAUUUUUUGAGCAAAUGGAACGGGAUGUGCGCCUUCUACAAAGACUCAAAAUAAUGGAUUAUAGCAUGUUGGUGGGUAUCCAUGACCUCCGGAAAGGAAACCAAGAAAAUUUGCGUGAUAAGACGUUACAAGUCUUUCAGCCGGGAGGGGGCAGCCCUGGGGAUGAUAUGGGACCGGAUGGUAGAGGGAUGUUGAUGAGAACACCGAGCAAACUUGAGAGUGCCCGGAAAGCCAGGGAACUGCGGCAGACUCUCAAGCAAGAGAAGCCAGUUCCAAUGGCCCACACCGGCUCACGCAUGCCCGAUACUUUGGAAGAGAAUACCCCGAAGCGUGAUUUUAUCUUCUACAGUGAUGAUGGGGGUUUCCGGGCUACGCAUGAGGAUGAUAGUCCCGGCGACGAGAUUUUCUUCCUGUCCAUCAUUGAUUGCCUGACUCACUAUGGUCUAGCGAAGAAGCUAGAACAUCUAUGGAAGGGUCUAAGUAACGAUAAAAAAUUGAUCUCGCCCAUAUCCCCCGAGCCGUACGGAGACAGAUUCAUAGAUUUUAUUGAAUCUAUCACUAAAAGCCCCGAAGAAGCCACCCGCGAAGCACAAUCUGCGUCAAGACCGUCAAUCCUGCAUAGCAACUCAAAUCCGAUUUCAAACCGUGACCCGAACACCUCUCUUGAUUCAGGCAGAAGAUCUGGAAGUCAGCCCAUGAAUAGGAAUGAGAUUGAAGUCUCAAAUUCGGAGAAACGGAAUGACGAGGCCGAGCGCCCAGACCCCCGGAUUAUCAGUGCUAUUCGAAGUCCAAGUGCAGAACGGACUGGAGGUCUGCAAGGGCAGACGCUCCCCGUUGUAGAAGAGCUAGGUGAGGCUAGCAGCACCGGCGGCCGCAGCGGACAGAGCCGCGAACGGGAGGCAAAUGGCGAUAUAAGACCCCCGACACCGGCAAAAGACAACUCCGACCACCGGCCUUUGACACCACCGAAGGAUCACGACCCGAAUAAUACGGUCCACGGUGCGAGAGGGCCAGUCAGCAGGAAUAGCUUGGAUAAGAAGCUGCCCCCUUUACCACUCGUGCAUAGCCCUAAACAACUGCCUGAGGAAGGCAUCGUUGCGAGGCAAUAA